ACAGUUGCGCUGUCAGUGGGACCGCAGAUGAACCAACCGGGCACGAUACGCCGUCCACCUACAGGGCCCAAAGAAAAGCAACCCAAAGCUGGCCCCGUGCGGAAAAGCAAAACAUUUUCGUAACCUUUUUUUCGCCCAGAACCGAACAGUUUUCCAGCACCGGCAGGGAAUCAGGAGCAGCGCCGUUGCGAGCCGCCCGACAGCAUCACCAUGCUGUACCUCGAGGAUUACUUAGAAAUGAUCGAGCAUCUGCCCCAGGAGCUGCGGGACCGAUUCACCGAGAUGCGCGAGAUGGAUCUGGCGGUGCAGAACAAUACCGACGCGCUGGACAAGCGCGUUCGGGCCCUGUUUCAGCAGUGCCGGCGGGCCGAAAUCUCGUCCCCGAUGGCGGACGUCGAGUUCGACUCGAUACGCACCAACUACUACCGCGUGCUGGACGACUCGGACGAGAAGAUCCAGCUGGCCGGGCAGAUGUACGAUCUGGUCGAGCGGUACCUGCGCCGGCUCGACACCGAGCUGGACAAGUUCAAGUGCGAGCUGGAGGCGGACCAUAACGGCAUCACGGAGAUACUGGAGAAGCGCUCACUCGAGCUGGACAGCAUGACGAGCAAUGGGGGCGCGAACCAGAAGGAGAACCGGUUUUACGACACGCAGAACGCCCAUCCGGCAGGCCACUCGGGCCGGUCGGACGGUGGCAGCGGCCGGUACAAGGUGAAGGCCGAAAAGCGGCGCGACAGCGUGGCCCCGGGCAUGUCGAUGGGGGCGGCCGCAGCGUCCGUGGAGAAGCGCUCCGCAGCCGGCACGUCCAAGCCGCUCAGCAAUAGCACCCUGCGCCCAAACACCCCGGCCGUGCUGGCUGCCGGUGGGCUGGGAGUGGCGGGAGCGGUAGCAGCCGGAGCAGCAGCAGCAGGAGGCGCGGCGGGACCGAUGGUGGUCGGCGGCGUGCCGGGAGCAAUGGGUGCGAUCGCAGCGGGCGGUGUAGUUGGCGCGGCUGGGGCCGGUGCGCUCGCCACCGUGCCCUGCCCGCAGCCCGUCCCGGUGCUCGGUGGUGCAGCCGGUCCGGGUGCGGGUGGGGUGGCGGCGGCCACCUACAAUCUGCAGACGUGCGGCGCCGGCAAUGCGAUCGUGGCCGCCGCCAGCCAGGCCAUCGCGCAGACGCAGCAGAUGCAGCAGGGGCGCCGCACGGCCAGCCUGAAGGCGUCGUACGAAGCGAUCGGUGGGGUCGGGUCGCACGAGUUGCUGCUCAACAGCGAGCUGGCGGGCGCCACCCACAACGCGCUGCAGGCGGUCGAGCGGGAGUCGACCGCGUUCUCGAAUCAGCGGCGGCAGAAGAAGAAGAGCGUCAAUGCCCUCGGCUGCGGCAAUCUGCGCACCAACCCGACCAUGCUGGUGAACGCGUCGAACGUCACGUCCAUGCUGUCGUCGAGCUCGCCGAACGUGCAGACGCUUUCCAGCUCGCCGUCGCUGUCCUCCGUCUCGGUGCACGUCCACACAUCGCCACUCCAGCAGCAGCAGCAGCAGCAGCAGAAUCAGCAACAGUCGCCACAGUUUGCCGCUCAGCAGCAGCAGCAGCAACACCAGUCGACGGUGCAGUCCCAGCAGCUGCUAAUACACGCGAACACGCCCGUCAGCCUGCAGCACGGUCAGCUGCAGCCGGUAAUGCAGCAGCUUACCCUGCCGCCGAUUUCCGGCAUGAAACAGCACUUGCCCGGACAGCAGCAGCAGCAGCAGCUCCUCAAUCAGCAGAAACCGGUGCAGCUCGUAUCGGCCCAGCAUCGGAUGCCGCGACAGCUGCCACCCCAGCAGCUACAGCAAUCGCUGCAAGCCCAACAUCUCCAGCAGCAGCAGCUGCAGCGGCCGCAGCUACUCCAGCAGCAAGCGCAACAGCUGCACACCGUUCCUCACCAGCAGCUGCUGCAGACACAGUCCCAGCAGAAGCAGCAGCUGCAGCAGCAGCAGCUAAAAUCCGUACAGCAGCACGCCACGUUCCAGCAGGCGCAACAGCAGCAGCAGGUCCAGUCGCAACUGGUCCAGCAGCAGCAGCAGCAGGUCGUGCAGCACAUGCAGCAGCUGCCGGUGCAGCAGCAGUUGCUCGACCACAAAGACAUCCAGCUCCAAUCGUCCCAGCAACUGCUGCAGCAGCAGCAGCAGCAGCCACAGCAAGUGUUCCAGCAACAACGGCAGCUGCUCCUACAGCAGCAGCAGCUGCAACAGCAGCCACAGCUCCAGGCUGCCCAGCAGCAGCUGCUGCAGCUGCAGAACAAGCAGCACGGUGCCGGCGGCCAACAGGCGGUACAAGUACUGCCACAAUCGCUGCACCAGCAGCAACCGUUCAUGACGAGCGUGGCGCAGACGAGCGGCAGCAACGCGACCGUUGUCAACGUGUCCUCCUUCAUGGAUACGCUCAUGACGAACAGUGGCAGCACCGGCGGGACUGCAGGCACCAGCGGAACGAGCAGCAGCAGCACCAACACCACCGCCGCCGCCGCCGCCGCCUCUGCUGAACCGGCGGCCUCCGUCGACCAGGCGCCAGAAGGAGAGUGGUUCGAUCCGAACGAGCCGCGCUACUGUCUCUGCAAUCAGGUCUCGUACGGCGAUAUGGUCGCGUGCGAUAAUGAAGACUGUCCCUUCGAGUGGUUCCAUUAUCCGUGCGUUAACAUAAGCUCCUCACCAAAAGGCAAGUGGUACUGUCCGCAGUGCAGCAGCUCGAUGAAACGACGAGCUUCGAGAAAAAAUUAAUCAGCCAAUGGAGUGUUUUUUCUAGCUCUUUUAUUUAUGUUUUUUUUCUUCCUCGCAUGGAACGCACAUUUGGCAUUCGAGGGAGAGGGCAUUAGUAUGGGGGAUAAGAUUCUUUUUUUUUUAUUCUAUACAUGCGAUUUCCUUUGUUGAACAGUGAACAACACAUAGCAAACGGCGGAAAACUUAUUACGGUCCCCUUACAAACGAAUUCCCCAUUGCCCAUGAACAGUUGGGACACGUUUCCCGUUUUUUUGACAGGGUUUUUGCGAUUCACCCGCGGCACAUUGGUAUCAAGCUAUCUAGACCGGUCGAGAAAGUGUGCCCCGCCAGAGUGAUGUAUUUAUGUUCCGCAAACUUUGUUUUGUACAGUUUGCAACGCAUUUAGGGUUUCAAUUAGCUGGAAGGGAUAAAAAAGCAGAAACAUAUUUUUUAGCCCCCAUUUUUCUUUGCCCAUAAGUCGGUACCGUGCCAACGGUAUUACAGCAGCGCACACAGCACACCUAGGAGCGUUUUCGAAGCAAAACAGUGCUUUAAUACAAUUAAAAUAACAAUUGAAAAAGCUAUCUCUAUUUCAGCAAACAAGUGCUGCCCCAAUGCUUCACCAACGUGUUACAAUUCUUCAUUCACAAAAGUUUUCAAAUAGGUCAUUUUCGAUUCGACACUCAUGUGUCAUGUGUCAAAAACGAUGAGUGUCGAAUCGAAAAUGACCUAUUUGAAAACUUUUGUGAAUGAAGAAUUGUAACACGUUGGUGAAGCAUUGGGGCAGCACUUGUUUGCUGAAAUAGAGAUAGCUUUUUCAAUUGUUAUUUUAAUUGUAUUAAAGCACUGUUUUGCUUCGAAAACGCUCCUAGGUGUGCUGUGUGCGCUGCUGUAAUUCUUCAAUCAAAUUAUAAUCGUAAGUGUGUGUGUGUUGGGCCUGCACCGUACGAGCAGUUGCCUAAAUCCUUAGCCAAUUCGACUAGCUCAACGUCAAUCCAAUCCAAUCACUUGAGGAGCUGGUCUGGCCGGCAGCCACCUACUAGAGUGGCACUGCGAUGCAAUGUCAAGGCGAAUCAAAUGCAUUUAAGGUUCGUUCGUAAUCGUUCGGUGUAGUAAUUGGCAUUUUAGUAAUAAGUUAUCUACACAUCUAUGCAAAAACAAACAAACGAACGGAAUUUAAAUAUGGUACGCGAACCGGUCUGUGCCAAAAAGCGAAAAGAAUUGCGUUGCCUUCCCGGGGGGAACUGCAUGAUCAGGGUGGCCACAUAACCGGGCCGAUAAUCGGGAAUCUGCCGGGAAUUUUAUGUGUCCGGGGGAGAAUCGGAGAAUUCAUCACGACUCCUUUUAAGAUCACGGUGUGUACCGCUGUAACCUGAAACCCCCUGUAUCUAUUUCUGAAAGAUGUCGUAUCCGUUUCUCUUCUAAAAUUUGAUUUAGCAUGAUGAUCCAAGACAUCAUGCAUCAUCAGCGUCGUGCGAGUAGCAGCAUAAUGCAUGGGUGGCUGCUGUUUUGACCGGCAUUUCGUUCUUUGAAGAUUUCAAUGCUUUCUCCAGUGGCUGGUUUGUCCAUGACUUCCGAUUACCGUUAUUUAAGGCUAUGUCGUGACUUUUGUCAAUCAUCAGUUGAUAGCAGAUGCAACCUUUCCUUAAAAUUUCGAUAUCCAGCUUACCCCCAUGACAAGGUCCGUCUUACCCACUUUGGUGUCAGGAUUAGUGUUGGGUAAAUUUGAUUCAGAUUCAUGAAUCUGAAUGAAUCUCGGUUGGAAAGAUUCACAAAUCCCAAAAGAUUCGCGAAUGUCGAAAGAUUCGUGAAUCAUAAGAUUAAUAUAUCUCAAAAGAUUUGCGAAUCUCGAGGGAUUCAUAAAUCUCCAAAGAUUCACAGAGCUUGAGCUUCUUAUUAUUCUUCUUCGUAGCGUAACAACCGACGUGGUAAUGCCAGCCUUUAUAAGUUUUCGAGGCUUUUUGGCAUGUACAACACAGCCCGAUAGUUUGUUUUGCUACGGGGAGAUGGUCCAUACAAAGCUUGAAACCCACGGGCACAUGCAUGUUAUCGGGCAUGUUAUCUCUGUACUAUAUGAGAUCGAGCAAAUUCUUUUUUUUUUAAUCAUACAUCUCUAAAGAUUCAUGAAUACCUGGCGAUUAAUGAAUCUUAAUGGAUACAUGAAUCAUGUAAGAUUCAUGAAUCUUACGAGAUUCCUUGGAGAUUCAAGAAUCUUCAGAGAUUUAUGAAUCUAUAGAGAAUCAUGAUUCUUGAGAGAUUCACGAAUCUUUAGAGAUUCAAGAUUUUUUAGAGAUUCGUGAAUCUUUGGAGAUUCGAUUCGAGAUUCGAAUCACUCGUCCCUGACAAUUCGUAUCAAUGAAUCUCAACGAAUGAUUCAUUGUACCCAACGUUAGUCAGGAUGCUUGUUUUUUCCUUUGAGUGCCGUUUAUUCACCAGUUGUUUGUUUAAUAAUGACGACAACUCAUUCACAUAGGAAUCCUGCAGAAAAUAUAAACAUUGCAAGUUAUAAAGCUAACGACCCGUUGUAAUCAAAUCAGAUCCACAAACGCGUGCGCACGAUAGAGUAAACAGUUUCGCUCUCAAAUUUUACAGAAAUCAUGUAAAAAAACGGUUCUCAAAUGUGUUCCUUCAGAAUUGGAUACGACAUCGUUGAAUUAUUUAACAAUUACUUUUAUCCAGUAUUGCGGAAUGAAGUGUCCAUCUUUGCGUACCUUUCCCUGGGUACAGUUAUUAAAACUUAUAGUUUUGAUAACGUUUUAUGAAAUAAUAAUUUCAAAUUGGAGAAUCACAGAAGUUAAUCAACAACCAGCACAUUAAAUGCAGUGAAACGAAAAAAAACCGGGAAUUUCAUCUAGUGGCCACCCUGUACAUGGAGAGAGGGAAAUUGGGAUGCUCCUGGUAGGCUUUUAGAGCAAAUUUCCUGCGUUUUAAAUUGGUUUCAUCACCCAGAACUCCAUACAAUUUUCUUUUGGAACAAAAUUUUCGGAAAGGCUCUAUCAGCACCAAAUGAAGUGGCAUUGUGUUGUUUUGUUUAUUGAAUUAACUUAGGAAUUUGUUGACAGCUACGACUAACGUUUGUAAUGGGCGCAGGCGGUUUCCCCCUGCCAUUCUCUUUCUCUACCCCUGUAACGGUGGAUCCUACCCACACACACAACCGACGCUUUCUAGCGAUCGCGAUCGGCUCUAACAACUGUUACUACAAACCAAACGUUAAGGAGUGGUAAGGGAGCAAUAGGUAGAGGUGUGCAGUAUGCUAGAGAGCGGAACGAUAAGAAAAAGCAACUGCAAUGAAAUGAAUAACUAAAUGUAAUGUGAAUAUUAGAACUAUUCUUAUUCUAACAAUUAUAUAAAAUAAUUUAAAAAAAAAGCGAAUGACGUGUGAACGAAUAAAACCUUUGCACACAAACAUAAAUAAAUAAUAAAUAAUACCAUAAAGUCAUUGUAUCGCAAAUCGCGCUGUAUAAUCUGUGUUGUGGCACACUAUAAUGAAAUAAAGGCAAACAAAUGUAUACAUACAGAAAUGGUUACUAUUUACUAUAUGUUCUUCUGCUUCUUCACUACUAAC